GUCCCCGAACCCUCAAAUCCCGACUCCGACCUCUCUCGCGAGUGCAGAAGACGGCGCACGAUCAGCAGGAUUCAGCGUUCCGCUACAUCGUUCAAUGAACACCUCUCGGUAGUAGCCGCGCAGCGUUCUGCUCGCAGCGUUCCAUUUCUCGCCGUCCGUAGCCUCUCUAGACUCCACCCCCCUACGGCGUCUGCUUGUAGGCGCCUAAAAAAUCGCCUCGUUUGGAUUCUAUCUCCAUACGGAGUCUGCGAGCCAUCAUUAGGCAGUACCGCAAGAGCUGCGACUAGGUCAGCAGUUACAGCAGCAUCCGCUACAACAGCACCCGUUACAACAACAUUUGUUAUAAGCUGCCAGCAGCAGCAUGUCUCUAGCGCUACGCCACGUGCCAUGGGCGUCCUGGGAGGAGUGGGAUGCGGUGAGGGAGAGCCUGCUGGGUCCCGCCGCUACUCGCGACUCUAUCAGCUUCGGCAUCGACCGGGUGGCAGCGUGGCAGAUCAGGGGGCGAGUUCCAGCCUCUGUGGACGUGACAGCUGGCAUGCUCGCCGCGCAGCUGCAGGAUCCCGAGCUUUGGCCUCCCCACAUGGUUCCUCCUCUCCCCCCAUUUGUGCUCCGCCAAUCAUACGCUGCCGUCAUCAUCAGGUUUGUGAGUGGUCUGUGUGACAACCGCAAUCCAGCGCUGGGUCGGUCUGUGGUGCGGGUGGCAGCUCAUGUGGGCAUUCCGAGGCUGUUGGUAGACGUCAGACAUUCCUUGGCCCACAAUCGCCUCCUGCAGCUGCCUGUGCUGCGACUUGCAAUCAGUCAGGCUCUAGGCUGGCUCGUGAGCAACUACUGGAGCCGGCAGGCAGCAAUGCUGGCAGCAGCCAACGAGGACGCAGAGGGGAAAUUCUCCAACUUCAGGCGGCUCAAAGCCACCAUCGUUGCCAGGGCUAAUGCUAAUAGUAGGCGCCAUUUCCCUGGCCGUCCGACCACCGGCCCCAAACCUGCUGGCGGUGCUGCUAGCGGUGCUGCUGGUGGUGGCGGUGGUGCUGGCGCUGGCGCUGCUGCUGAUGAUGAUUCUGCUGCGACCGCCGCCGCUGCCGCUGCUGCUGCUGCUGCUGCUGCUGCUGAGUCUGUCGCUGCGGCUGCAGCUGCUACUUUGGCCUUCUCUGCUGCUUCUGAGCCCGACGAUUCGAUCCUGGUCGGGAAGCACCUGCAGCACCCAGCGAGGCAGAGAAAGGCUCAGCUGAGGGAAUUGAAGCGGUGUGCUGAGAGGUCUAUGGGCGAUUUCGCUGCUCUGCUGCUGAGGCAGCUAAGAAGAGUUGUUGCUGCUGCUUAUAACGCGGAUAUAGGCAAUCCGGGUGGUUUGGUGGAUGGGAGGGAGGAAACGGGGGAGAGGGGGGUUGGAGGAGGGCGGGGAGAAGGAGGAGGAGGGGGGGGUGGGGGGAGAGGGGAGGAGUUGGAAGGGUUAGAAGAGGCAGUUUGGGAGGUUUUGGAUCAUAUAAGAGGGCUGCCAGCUGCGUUACUGUCACAUAUUGUGGAUCAGCUUAUAGAGUGUUUGGAAUGGUUGUUAAUGGAAGGUGAGGUGGAGGAAGAGGGGGAGAGGGGAGAGGAGAGAGGCGGGGUGAAAAGGGCAGCAAAAAAAGUUCUGAUGGUGAAAAAGCCAGCAGGGGCGGGCCUGGAGGAUGGGGAGGGUGAAGAUGAGGAAGUGGAGGAGGAAGAGGAGGAGGAGGAAGGGGAAGGGAAAGGGAAAGGGGGGAAGGAAGGUCAAGGGCAAGAGGCUAGGAUGGAGUGGGACGGUCAAGAGGAGGAGGGUACUGGUAGAGAACGGCUUGGGAAUGGUGAGGAGGAGAAAGAGGAAGAAGAAAAGGAGGAGGAAGUGGAAGGGGAAGACGGGAAGGAGGAGGAGCAAGAGGAGGAGGAGCAAGAGGAAGGGGAGGACCUAGAGGAAUGGGAUGAAGACGAAGAGGAGGAGGAGGAAGAAGAAGUAGAAGAGGAAGAGGAUGAUGAUAUGUGCUUUGACAACAACAAUACUAAUAACAGCAAUGCAUCCUCUCAAGACGCGCCAGCACAGGGCAAGUGGUUCCCCCUGCGUCUCUUAGCCCGCUCUGCCACCCGCUGCCUGCAGGCCCUGCCCUCCUGCCCGCUCUUGCCACACGCCCUUGCUGACGUGGCACUUGCUCUUGCUGACCGGAUGAUCUCUAGGGAAGGGGAGGAGGGGGAGGAGGAGGGAGAGGGAGAGAGGAGGGGGGGAAGAGGGGAGGGGGAGAGUGGCAGGAGCACAGGGGGCGGCAGGAGCAAGGCGAGAGGGGCGGCGAUGAGUUGGCGCAUUCGGCAGCUAGUGAGGCACGGGCUGCUGGAGUGGUGUGCGGAAAAAGGGGCAGCGGUUCUCGUUGAUUCUGCUGGUAACCCUGCUGUUGCGCAUGGUGUAACACCUGGUGUGGUAACAACACCUGAGGCCUUCCCUCCUUCCUGGCUGGCUUACUCCCAGCGGUUGCGAGAGACUCUGCUAUUGAACAGUGAUGUGCUGAUGAGGAGCAGUGGACAGGAUGGGGGUUUGCAGGCGAUCAGUGCUCUCGGGGGGGGAUUGCUGAUGGAUAGUGCGCAGGAAAAUGGGGCCGGAGGAUGGGCUAUGUGUGAUGUGGGUAUGGGUGCGUUUGGUAUGGGGUUAAGUCAGGGGAUCCAGGGUGUGAAGAGGCAAAGUGAAGGGCUGGAGAAGCAGCGAGGUGAGCGGGGGAAGAGAAGGCGAGGAGGGAAGGGAAGGGGUGCAGGGGAAGUGGGGGGGGGAGGAGGGGAGGGAGGAGAGGGGGGGACAGGGGUAGGAGAAGGAGGAGGAGAAGGAGGAGGAAAAGGAGGAGGAGAGGGGGAGUGUGAAGAGGAGGGGGUUGAAGUGGAGGAAGUGGAAGGGACAGAUUUCGAGGAAGGAACGGAGAAGCUUCUGAGGGAGAUGGAGAGGGACCUACGAACUAUCGAACAGGUGGUUCGAGCGAGUAGUAAUAGGGGGACCGGCGGGACAGCUGUUUUGAGGAAGGGAAGGGCAGACACAAAAUUGGACAAGGGGAAUGGUAAAAGAAGAAGAAAUGAAGGAAGAGGGAAGGUGGAUGCGGCAGCAGGGAAGAGGAAAGGAGAGAAACAAGGGACAGGGACAGGGGAGGGGAGGAAGAGGAGAAGAGCGGGUAGAGAGGAGGGACUCUUUGUGAGACAGGAGGGACUCGUUGGUAGAAAGAGGUGGAGGGUGGCUGCUAACUGGGUGCCCUGUGCUGUGGGCACCAUGCCGUCCCUAGCUGCCAGCUCCGGCGUUCUGCCGAACCUGGAGCCACCUGCUGAGGCUGCGAGGAGGUCCGGCGCGGGCUCGGGUUGGGCGUUUGGCCCGGAUGGUGGUUCGGGGGGUCCGACCCUGAACGAACGAGGCCGGGAGGAGGAGGGGACUGGUGGACGGGGAGUGGGGGGAGAAGGGAAGGGUGGGGCGGAUGGGGAGGAUAUGGAGAAUGGCGGGGCUAGAGGGAAAGGGGGAGAUGUGGAAAGUAAGGGGGCCAGAGGGAAUGAUGAGGAGCUUGGUGGAGGUGGCGAGGGAGGAGAGGGAGGAGGCAGGGAGAUUGGAGCAGGGAGUGGUGGCUAUGGUUGGGUUGGGGGGGGCAGUCCAGGAAUGCGCAUGGAGGAGGGUGCACGUGUUGGCAUGAACACGCCCUUGGUGGGAUCAGCAGCACCGAUGGCGGAAGCAGCUGGGCUUGCAGGGGCUGUGGGAGCAAGCGGGGCGGAACCAGUGGCAGCGGGAGCUGCAGAGGGAGGUCAGGGGCCUUUUACUCCUUCAGGAUAUGACUGGGCAGCUUUGAAACAUUCAAUUGCCCUAAUUUGACUUGCGCCUUGCAGCAAAUACUUGAUGCUGGAAUGGACAGUCAUUUCUAGCCUGUACUUGGCUGUUGCACAAAAUCUCGGAUUUGCAUCUUUCGCAACCCAACUUCAUCAUGUGGGAAGCAAACCCUGAACACUAGUACGACAGGUU